AUGGAGGAAAAGGAGUUGUAUCCAUAUGGCCUCAAGAAAUCGGUGCUCAAGGAGCUGGUCAGCGAGCAGGAGAUCCCCAAGCGCCUGAGCGAGAUCAGCUUCGGGCUGUUUUCGCCGUCGGAGAUGCAGCGCUUGUCGGAGAUCCAGGUCGUGAGCCACCUCCUCUUCCAGCUGCCCAAGCGCGAACCCAUGCCCUACGGCCCGCUCGACCCUCGCAUGGGCGUGUGUAAUACCAAGGGCAUCUGCUCGACGUGCGGUCAGAAGGUGCAGGAGUGUGCCGGCCACUUUGGUUAUAUCAAGCUGGCUCUGCCCGAUCCUCACGCUGCUGCAGAUGAUCUGCAAUUCCUGGGCGAGUUCGACGAGGCCGUCAAGCUCGACGAGUCGCUGGCGCCGCACCUCAACAAGGCCCAGGACGACCUCAACCCCAUCCGCAUCAUGAACAUCUUCUCGCGCAUUCCGCCCGAGGAUUUGGAGUUGAUGGAUAUGAACGGCAAGAUCGCCAAUCCUACACACUUGGUGCUGCAGCAUCUCCUCGUGCCGCCCAUUACCAUUCGACCGUCCGUUGCCAUGGACGCCUCGCAGGGCAGUAACGAGGACGACUUGACCAUGGGGCUGGGCAAAAUUCUGAACAUAAACAACGCCCUCGAAGCGGAGCUGGAGAAGGGGAACAACAUGCCGCAGAUCAUGGAGAAGUGGGACGCGCUCCACAUCAACGUCGCUUUGUACAUCAACUCGGAAACGCCCGGCAUCCCGCCCACCAUCGUUCCCGCCAAACCCACGCGCGGUCUGUGUCAGCGGUUGAAGGGCAAGAAGGGUCGAUUCAGGGGCAACCUGUCGGGCAAGCGUGUGGACUUUUCGGGCCGCACGGUGAUCUCGCCCGACCCCAACCUGCGGAUCGACGAGGUGGCCCUGCCCGAGCUGCUGGCCAAGGUCAUGACCUACCCGGAGCGGGUCAACGCCAAGAACAUCGACAAGAUGCGCAAGCUCGUCCUCAACGGCACCGACAAGUGGCCCGGCGCCAACGGCAUCAUCCCACGCGACGGCGGCAAACUCUCUCUUAAGUUUGGCGACCGGUCGCGAGCGGCGAAUAACCUGCGCAUCGGCGACAUCGUGGAGCGGCACCUGCUGCACGGCGACGUGGUGCUGUUCAACCGACAGCCGUCGCUCCACAGGAUCUCGAUCAUGUGCCACCGCGUGCGGGUCAUGCCCUGGCGCACGUUCCGCUUCAACGAGUGCGUGUGCGGCCCCUACAACGCCGAUUUCGACGGUGACGAGAUGAACGUGCACGUGCCGCAGACGGAGGAGGCCCGAGCGGAGGCCAUGACCCUCAUGGCCGUGAACCAGAACCUCAUCACACCCAGGAACGGUGAGCCGCUCGUCGCCGCCACACAGGAUUUCUUGACGGCGUCGUAUCUGGUGACGCGGAAGGACGCCUUCUUCGACCGUGCCGAGUUCUGUCGUCUGUGUUCGUUCUUCGUCGACGCCGACGCCAAGAUCGACAUCCCUCCGCCCGCCAUCGUGAAGCCCAUGGAGCUGUGGACCGGAAAGCAAUUGUUCUACAUUUUGCUGCGACCAAACAAAAACGUGGACGUGUGCCUGUCGAUGGAGGUCAAGGGCCGCGAGUACACGGGCAAGGGCAGCUACGAGCCGCUCUACAUGUGCCGCAAGGACGGCUACGUGGUGUUCCACCAGAGCGAGCUCCUGUGCGGCAUCAUGGACAAGAAGACCCUCGGCGGCGGCAGCAAGGAGAACAUCUUCCACGUGCUCAUGCGCGACUACAGCACCAUCGUGGCUGCCGACCGCAUGUCUCGCCUGGCCAAGUUCUGCGCUCGCUGGCUCGCGGACUGGGGAUUCUCGAUCGGCAUUUCCGACGUCAUGCCCUCGGACAAGCUGAAGCGCGAGAAGGACGAACUCAUCCAAACCGCCUACGCCGAGUGCCGGACCCUCAUUUCCGAAUACAAGAGUGGCAAGCUGCAGCCGCAGCCGGGAUGCAACGUGGAGCAGACGCUGGAGGCGCAGCUCAACAAGAUCCUGUCGGACGUGCGAGAGGCGUGCGGCACGGCCUGCAUCAACGAACUCCACCCGCUCAACGCGCCCCUCAUCAUGGCCCUCUGCGGUUCGAAGGGUUCGAACAUCAACAUUUCGCAGAUGAUCGCGUGCGUGGGCCAGCAGACGGUGAGCGGCAGUCGCGUGCCGGAGGGCUUCAUCCACCGCACACUGCCCCACUUUGGCGUCAACGCGCGCGACCCCGAGGCCAAGGGCUUCGUCAAGAACUCCUUCUUCACCGGCUUGACGGGCACGGAGUUCUUCUUCCACACGAUGGGAGGCCGCGAGGGUCUGGUCGACACUGCCGUGAAGACCGCCGAGACCGGUUACAUGCAGCGACGUCUGAUGAAGGCGCUGGAGGACCUCGCGGUGCAGUACGACGACACGGUGCGAAACUGCAGCGGCGGUAUCGUCCAGUUCGUCUACGGCGACGACGGCCUCGAUCCCACCGGCAUGGAGGGACGCGACAAGCCCGUCGACUUUAGCCGAGUGGCGAUGCACAUCAAGGCGAUGCUGCCGGCCAACGGCGAGCGGGGCCUGACGCCGUGGGAGAUGACGCAGCGCGUGGACAAGGCGCUCAACUCGCCCAUGUUCCGGGGCGGGAUCACGCAGGGCGUGCGCGACAAGGCCUGCUCGGCGCUCUUCAUCGACGACAUCCGCCGCUACCUGCUCGGCGGCCUCCUGCCCCAGCGCGACGCCGACCCGCCCAAGUACUUCAAGGGCUGCCUCGACGCCCUCGUCGCCACACGGAAACGCUUUGGGCUGGACGCGUGCGAGAAGACGCAGGAGCCGAACCCGGAGCGGGAGGAGGAGAACUGUGCGCGGGUGUGGUACGAGUCGAUGAACUGCGUCGAGCGAGCGCCGGCGGACGAGAAGGAGAAGGACCGCGCGGCGCGCGAGCGCGCACUGGCCGACCGCCAGCGCGAGAAGGCCACGCUGCUGGCCGAGCGCGGCAUCGACUUUACCCUCGCAUUCCCUGAAUUCUUUGCCGCGCUGCCGGCCGACGUCCGCGCCCAGCGCCGCAUCGCACACACCAAGGCCGUCGACGGGGCGGUGAUCAACAAGAAGGGCUCGGGUGCGGACGCGCGGUACAACCUGCUGGUGGAGGGCUACAACCUCCUCUCCGUGAUGGCCACCCCGGGCGUGGUCGGCUCCCGAACCACCUCCAACCACAUCAUCGAAGUCAUGACCACGCUGGGCAUUGAAGCCGCGCGCGUGACGAUCAUGAACGAAAUCCAGUACACCAUGAAGGAGCACGGCAUGAACAUCGACACGCGCCACGUCAUGCUUCUCGCCGAUCUCAUGUGCUUCCGAGGUGAGAUUCUGGGUAUCACGCGGCACGGUAUCGACAAGAUGAACGACAGCGUGAUGAUGUUGGCCUCCUUCGAAAAGACCACCGACCACCUCUUCAACGCCUCCUUCCACGCUCGCCAGGACACCAUCACCGGCGUGAGCGAGAGCAUCAUCAUGGGCAUUCCGAUCGCGGUGGGCACGGGCCUGUUCAAGCUGCUCCGAAAAACGCCCUCGCUCGACAAGGAGCCCAAGCGGGGCCUCCUCCUCGACUCCCUCACCGACUCCUCGGCCAGCCCCUCCUUCACCCUCGACAUCGCCUCGGCCCUCGCCGCCACCUCCUCCCCUAUCUCUUAA